GUGUUCGCACACUUCGGAUGAACGAGUGCGACAUCGACGACAAGGUUGGGGGGCUUCUGGCAGAAGCGCUUCAGGAAAAUCGGGCGCUGAGGAUCUUCUCGCUCAAUCGAAACCGACUGGGGCCCGCAGGCCUUUUGAAGUUCGCCGAAGCUUUAAAGAAGAACACCAGCCUCACCAAACUCGACCUGAGCCAGAACCCCCUGGGCGAUGCGGGAGCUGAGCACUUGGCUGAAGGGCUGCGACAGUCGCGGGCCUUGUCAUGCCUGGACCUGCAGGUGGCCCAGAUCGGAGACGAGGGGGCUAAAGCCUUGGCAUCUGCGCUGACCGAGGCGAAGCUGCGCGAGCUGCACCUGAGAGAUAACCGGAUUGGUGACGUUGGUGCGAAUCAUCUGGCGAGCGCUCUGACACGCAUGGAAGUAGCACAGCGUCUUAAAUCAAAUCUCAACUACACGUCAGCUCCUCGGCCUCUGGUCCAUCCUCUCGACCCAAUUACAGGUGCAGCGGAGCGCACUCCUGCCCUGAAGAGUAGAAACGCAAGCCCCAAUCUGAAGCCCGGAGCCCUGCACGAGCGUGAAGAUGCCAAGCACUUGGCAGGCAAAUUCUAG